GACUCCUCUUCUUUAUCCGGGUUUGUUUUGAAAACAGGAAGUACUCAUUUGUUAUUGACGCUAGCGGAAGUUUUAUACCCGGAAGACUUUGUAAACAAACGGUGUUUGAGUCCAAAAUAAGGGCAAGAAGGGGCAUGAUAAACUUCCGUCAUGAACUAAGAAGAAAGACAGUGAGGUAUUUAAGGUGAAGAACAUGGAGGACGAGCAGCGGAAACAGCUCGGAGGGAACCCGGACUGGAUGUCCUGUCUGCCCGAGGAGCUGCUGGAUGUCCCGCUGUGGAAUUUAGCCAUACCCGGGAGCCAUGACAGCAUGGCUUUCUGUCUGGAUGUGUCCUCUCCUGUGCAGAGAUCAGAGCCCUGCCUCCUCAGAGUGAUUGACAGGCUGUUACCCUGCUGGACUCGGCCCUGUGUCUACCGCUGGGCCACCACACAGCAAUCAGUCCUCAGUGAUCAGUGUGAUCUCGGUGUCCGGUUCUUGGACCUGAGGAUCGCCAGGAAGCCGGCAGGAGGCAGCAAACUGUUCUUUGCCCACGGCAUCUACACACUGAUAACUGUCAAGGAGGCUCUCGAUGAACUGGUGACCUGGCUGGACGCACAUCCUAAAGAGAUUGUGAUUGUUUCCUGCUCGCAUUUUGAAUCGCUCACUGACGAGGAUCACACCAGUCUGGUGGAGUACAUCAUCACGCUGUUCAGAGACAAACUCUGCUCCUCACAGGAGACUCCCACCCUGCGUUCCUGUUGGUCCAGAGGUCAACAGGUCAUCGUUUCCUAUGGAAACCAGGAGGUGGCGCUGCAGCACCCUGAGCUGUGGACUGGAAUACCUUACAGGUAUGCUGACAGCCCAGACCCCAAUAAGGUGAUCGCUUACCUGGAGGACCAGAAGCGCAGAGGGAGACCAGCUGGUUUUUACGUCAGCGGUCUGAACCUGACCGAAGACGCUCCCUACGUCCUCCUCCAUCCCCUCCAGAGCAUGAGGAAGAUGACAGUGAAGGCCCUCUCACUGCUGCUCAGCUGGGCGAGCGAGCAGCGGCCGGGACCUCAGGACGGCGGAGUCAACAUCGUCUGCUGCGACUUUGUGGGCCUCAGCCAGUUCUGCUCGCUUGUUAUCGGCCUGAACUACAAACUGCCGGGCGGACCCAGCACGCUCGCUGCCCGUCCUGUCUGCAGGACACCGGGAGGUGCCACUGUCUGUUGCCAUAGCAACCAAACUACUGAGGGCCGCACCUGAGGUCCAACAUACAAAAGAACCAUUAUCUAUUUUCACACAAAAAUGUCAAUUAACACCUGUCCCUUUACUUUCAACCUGUAAAUCUCAUCCUGUUUACACUGGUGUGUCUGCGUCACAUUCAGCAUUAUUCAUUAGUAAAUUAAAAUGUGAUUAACUGUGAACAAACUGUCAGAGAUGGCACACUGCAUGUCCGAUCAUCUGAAUAUGUUGCAAAUUAUUUCAUGGUCUUCACAUUUUCACUGUUACCUCCUGCACAUGUUAAACUACACAUUUUCAGCCAAAUACAUACAUUUAAUAAAUGGUAAUGGUAAAAUAUAAUGUAGUUGUUCACAGCUAUAAACUCAUUUCAAGUUUUUACAAAUGUGCAUUUGUCAAAGAUCAUAAAUUCUCCUAUGGAGAUAAACAAGUGUUUUACUGUUAAUGAGCUUGUUUUCCUUCUGUGCUUUAACACUGUACAGAAUCUUUGUAUUGUUGAUUUGACUGCAUGGUUUAUUAAGAUGUUGGCAUUUGAAAUAUACUCUUUCAUACAUUAUGUAAAUAAAUACUUUUCAUAUUUUCUAA